UUCAUCAAUUGUAGCAUAGCAGAGGAACAUGCCCCUCUAACAUACAGAGUUAAAUUAGUUAUUGGUGUGGGCUUUAUGAUGGCAACCAUUCUCAGGGUAACGUUAAAGCUGCUGAUGUUGUUCUUACUGGUGGUAAACUUCAUCUCUCCUGCUUUUCCACAUACUUACAGCACUGACCCAUGGCAACGACAACUUCCAAGCCGAAUGCCCCAAAUUGGCAUUCAUCUGCCCUUUAAACAGCAUCAAGGCCACCAACAAUCCAUUUCCAGACCAGAUCCAGUGAAAACUGUUGCUGUGAAAUGCUUUUCAGACUACGUGGAGAUAGUAGUGAAUGCUGAUUUGUUUAAAAUUGGUACGCUUAUCGACAUGGCUGACCUGCGCCUUGGAGUUGAACAGUACCAAGCUCAAGAGUCCUGUAGGGCUACAGUUUCAGCAGCCGGAGAUGAGUACAGAAUAUUUGCAGCACUAUCGGACUGUGGAACCAAGCAUAUGCUGAACGAGAACUCCUUGAUCUACACAAACCACCUCAGAUAUACACCCAGUAACACUCCAGAUGGGGUUAUUAGAAUGGAUGGCGCUGUAAUCCCAAUUGAGUGUCACUAUGAAAGGAAGUACAGUUUGAACAGUGUCCCUCUCCAGUCGACCUGGAUCCCCUUUACCGCCACAGUGUCUGCUGAGGACACCCUGCAGUUCUCCUUGAUGCUCAUGACAAGUGGGUGUAACUGGCUUUAUGAGCGGGGUUCGGGAGUCUACUUCCUGGGUGAUCCCAUCAACGUGGAGGUGUCUGUCAGGCUCGUUCACCACACCAGGCUCAGGGUCUUUGUUAGCAGCUGCGCGGCAACACUGGACCCAGACUGGAACUCUGUCCCCAGAUACGUCUUCAUUGAAAAUGAUGGGUGCUUGAUGGAUUCCCAGUUGCCUGGCUCCAACUCCAGGUUCAUGCGUAGAACCCAGGACGACAAGCUCCGCUUCCACAUUGAUGCCUUUAGGUUCCACCAGGAGGACAGGGCGGAGCUGUACAUCACAUGCCACCUUAUGGCAGUCCCUGUCAUGGACCAUGCAGAGCCUAGCAACAAGGCAUGCUCCUUCAUCGAUGGCAGGUGGAAGUCUGCCGACGUGAAUGAUUUGCUAUGUGGCCGUUGUCCAAGUCUGAAUAGCCAGAAGGUGGUCGCUCCAGCACGCCGUCCCCUCAGUGAAAGAUUAGGCAGUAGCCCACCAGAACCUCGUGGCUACCACAGCAAACACCCAGCCUCUGGUGACCACUGGAGGAGUGGGAUGAAGACCAAUAAAGUGUGGGAACAGCAUGCUACUUUGGGCCCAGUGAUUGUCUUCCCAACCAAACAGAAGGGUUCACUUCUAUCACCACGGACAAAAGAAGUUGUCCAUCCACAUGGCUUCCCCUCUGCUACAGACAACGCAAGGCCUGCAUCACCUAGCAGUCGUUGGAAGAGUGGAAUGGACUUCAAGAGAGGACCUUAUUUCGGCCAGUUGCAAAAUGCGGGUGGUCAUGGACCCAAUAAACAUGGUUUUGUUAGCUCUGCAACGUAUGACGGCAUCAUCAGGCAGAAAUAACUGAUUGAGCAAAGAGAGCUGGAGCCCACCCCAGAUCCUCAGUUGAAUCCUACCCCUGAGCCCAUUGGAGCAAAGAUGACCAGAGAUUACUCAUGAACUGGAAGUUGACGUUGCUGUGGUGACCACAUUUGGUCUAGCAGCACUCCAACUCACUGAGGGAUGUCCUGAAGUCCCAGCACAAGGUUGAGCCUACAACUACCAAAUGACCUCUGCACUUUCCUCACAUCUGUUCCUGAUGAGGUCAACAAUGCUGAGAACUCAACCUGUGAUACCAAACACCAAGGGGACACUCAAAGGAACAAGAUCAACCCAAGUGGUGACUGUCAACAUCACAAAAAUAAAUUGAAGCUACUUUGA